UCAGCGCGGGGCCAUGAGGCACCUGCCGUACUUCUGCCGCGGGGAGGUGGUGAAGGGCUUCGGCAGGGGCUCCAAGGAGCUGGGCAUCCCCACCGCUAACUUUUCUGAGCAAGUAGUUGAAAGCUUUCCAUCUGAUAUCCCUACUGGUAUAUACUAUGGAUGGGCCUGUGUUGGAAAUGGAGAUGUGCAUAAAAUGGUUUUGAGCAUAGGAUGGAAUCCCUUCUAUAAGAAUAUUAAGAAAUCAGUGGAAACACACAUUAUUCACACCUUCAAAGAAGACUUCUAUGGAGAAAUUCUUAGUAUAGUCAUAACUGGAUACAUUCGGCCGGAAAGAAACUUUGAUUCCUUAGAUGCGCUCAUUUCGGCAAUUCAGGAAGACAUUGAAGAGGCAAAAAGACAGCUGGAUCUACCAGAGCAUCUUAAACUCAAAGAAGAUAACUUCUUUCAUCUGCCAGAAGGCAAAAUAGUAAACAACCGCUGAGAAAACCCAUACAGCCUUUUUUUCUUUUUAAAUAAUUUAUUCUUAUUUUCUCCCCUGUCAUGGAGCUUUUGUAUUUGCACUGCUAUCGUAGAUACUUUUGUGUCAUACGCCUGUUAGGUGACUGAGAUCAGAACCAACCAUACAAGAUGAUUUCAGUUUUCUUUGGUAAAGUCAUUAGACCAGUCAUACAAAAGAACUCGAAGAUUGUUAUAGAUAGAUAGAUUUAUAUUGUUGUAGGUAAACUAUGUGUCCUAAAGUCACCAGGUCUUUAGAGAUCUGAGCACAUUCAGAACAUGACCAAAGUUAAUUGUAACCUAAGGUGUGGUUAGCUCAUUUAAUGAAGAAUGUCUAUUUUUAUCAUUAUGUUCUUCCAGCUUCUUCUCCUGUUUUUUUAAUGUCAUUCUUAGGUCUGGGUUUUAGCUUAGAAAAUGUUGGUAUUGAUUAACUCAGAAAAUUCCUGUGGUUAGAUAUGAUUGGAUAACAAUAGCAAGCUUAAUUCUCUAUAGUUCUUGAUUUUUAUAUACUACACAGCUGUUGUGAUUGAAGCUGUUACUUUAAUUGAAAUAAUUUAAGUUUAUUUGAAAUGGAAGAAACUGCUGUUGCUCAUUGUGUUGCUAGAAUCUGAGCUAUGCUUCUUCACACUUGACUGAACAUAUGAUAACACAUGAUUUGUGUGGCGUAAUUCUGAAGAGAUGUUUCACUUAAUUUCAAAAAAUGAAUAAAAGUGUGAAAGCUGAUAAACUUUAAGGUUCAGGAGCAAAAGAUGCAGAAACAAUAUAACGAAACUCAUUGCACCUUAAAGGAGAAUAGGUGGUGAGACACAAAUUUGCAUUUCAUGUGCUGCUGGUAUUUUUACAUAGGAAAUUCUUGAAGUUAUUCACUGCACUGGCAAUAAAAUGUCUGACUUCAAGGUUGGCAUUAUUGUAAGGCACAGAAAAAUCUCAUCAACACUCUGCACUAAGUGCAGGUAAGAGCCAAGGUUUUGGCAGACCAAGUAGAUGAAUACACAGAUUAAAGCCUUUGGGGAUUUAUUGCAUAAUAUAUCAAUACUAUAGUGAAUAUUGGUUAUUUUUUACAAGUAGUUGCAAACAGCCUUACUCUGAAAUGUGGGGAUACAAGUGAGUAUUGGACUAGGUGAUGUCUGAAGGUCCCUUAUAACCCUAACUAUUCUGUAGUAGGUAAGUGGAAGGAAUACUGUGACAAUUGAUGGUAAUUUGAAAAAUACUUUGAAGAAAGUAUGUGAUGUGUGAUUCAGUAUCUACUCUUCUUUUCCUCUGAUAAAUUUUUCUAUCCCUUGGUGAAUGGAAGCAGCUUUUCUACAGUGACUGUCACAUUCAUGACUUUUUGACAUCACCCUGUGAUGUGUCUGCGACAUAUUCUGAAAUUCAAAGUACUUCUUUAUGUCUCAGCUGUACUUCUCUGUCUGAACUAUGAUGUUCAAUAUGGAACGCACAAUUUCUAUAGUGAAAUUUGAGUAAUUUACUCCUUGUUCUAUCCUAUUCUAAUCCUACUUUUCACUCUAGAAUUUAAGGGAGUUUUAGCAAGGUAGCUGUUUGGGUCUUUGUGGCAGGUGCUGUCAAGAUUAUAGUUUCACUUUAUAUUGCUUUAAAUUCUAGCCAGUAUCAUGGACUAUUAUUAGGGAAGAGUUCUUGAAGAAAUUAGAAGAAAACUUGAUUUUGCUUAAAUGAAUUGCUCACCAGUGUUGUUGAUAGCAGAGGUAGAUACAAUGCAUUUGGGACAGAGGAACAUGGGACAAUAUAUACUUUCCUUUUAAAGGAGAAGGGAAAUAAUUUAGCGGCUUUUUACUGUAUAACAUGUUGGAAACUGUAUUUCUAAAAAGCCUGUAAAAGAAUUGUCUUACAAGGUUGAUGAUUAGAAUUUUUAAAAGGAGAGAUGAAAGGAGAUGUUUUUUUUUUGCUAAGAGUUUAUGCAUUGUUCAGAUUCUAGAAAUGUUAUAAUCAUAUAUUUUGCUACUCCUUUUAGAGAAUAAACAGAAGCCACACUAGUCAACAGAGUAUUUUGUCAACAAUAGAUUGUUCUUCAUCGUGGUACUGUAGCUAAACACUCGUAGCUGCCUUUAAAAUUGAUUUUUGCCAAUAAUGUCUUGAGUCUGUUGUGGAUACUAUGGUGCCUUAAGCUGGUUCUGAGUAAUACUUUUCUGUAUCUGCUAAUAAAUGCCACUAUCAAAAAUUCAGUUCACCAUUUGGUUAUAGAACUGCUGUGAUAGACAACAGUAGCUAAGGGAAAACUUGAGAGACUUUGCUCUCAAAUCCUAGCUGAGGUAUGGAUACAUGGAAUUAAGAAACUACUCUAUGUGUUUGUCUCCAAAGAGAGUGUGUUAGUAAAUCCAUUUGGCUGAAUGUACCUGACCAUAUUAUUUAAGUGAAUAUGUUAUACAUCACUCUUUAAGCUCAAUACAUAAUUCAUCGCACAGCAUAAACAUUGUGAAGGGUUAUAUUUUUGUAUUAUGUACAAGUAGCUGUAUUUGGGUUGAUGUUGUUGCACUGUACCAUUACUAAAGGAACUGCAUUUGACGAA